GGCGGCCGCGGUCCUGGCCGAGCCCUCGGCGCGGACGGCGGGAGAGCGGGAUAGCCGCGCCGUGGCUGACCGCGGCGGGGAGGCGAAGAGACGUGCUGAAACGCGCGUGUUGGACGUGGGGCUAACGCCGUGGCACGUAGGUGGCUACACUAGGAGAGGAAAUUGGGUUCCCAACAAAACACAAUUGCGUUCAUGCAAACUUAAGUAGUGCAUCUGUAAGAAAAAUAUGGAUUUGGGAUCACAUUCCACUUUAAAUGAACACCUGCAAAAGACAGAAAUUCCAUCUGGAUCACAAGAUAAAGUUGCAGUUCUUGAUUCUGGACCAGAAAAAGCUGAACUUCAGUUGGCUGUGGAUCCUGUAGCAACAUCAAACUUAUCUGUUAAAGCACCUGAAUUUUAUCCACCAGGAUACAACCAGAACUUCAAUCAGAAUUUCACAGAUUCUUCCUUUGAAGAUCGAUGUGAUGGCUAUCUGACUCUGGCGGAAUAUAUACAAGACUUCCUAAAUCACCUCACGGAGCAACCAGGCUGUUUUGAAACAGAAAUAGAGCAGUUUGCUGAAACACUGAAUGGCUGGGUUAUCGCAGAUGAAGCUUUACAAGAACUUGUUGAACUUAUCUAUCAGCAGGCCACAUCUGUCCCAAAUUUUUCAUACAUGGGAGCACGGUUGUGUAACUAUCUAUCUCACCAUCUAACCAUUAGUCCACAAAGUGGGAAUUUCCGACAGUUGCUGCUUCAAAGGUGUCGAACUGAGUAUGAAAACAGAGAUGAAGCUACUAAAGGGGAUGAGACUACUAGAAAACAAUUUCAUGCCUUUGUGCUGUUCUUAGCUGAGCUUUAUCUUAACCUAGAGAUUAAAGGAACAAAGGGACAGGUUACACGGGCAGAAAUUCUUCAGGAAGGCCUUCGGGAAUUACUGAAUGCACUCUUCUCUAAUCCUGUGGACAGUAAUUUGAUAUGUGCAGUGAAACUGCUGAAGUUGACAGGUUCUGUUUUAGAAGAUGCCUGGAAAGAAAAAGGAAAGAAUGAUAUGGAGGAAAUGAUUCAGAGAAUUGAAAAUGUUGUGUUGGAUGCAAACUGUAGCAGAGAUGUGAAACACAUGCUUCUGAAACUAGUAGAACUGCGAUCUAGUAAUUGGGGUAGAGUUCAUGGAACAACUCCACAUGCAGAAGCUACCCCUGAAAAUGACCCAAACUAUUUUAUGAAUGAACCAACAUUUUACACCUCUGAUGGUGUUCCUUUCACUGCAGCAGACCCAGAUUAUCAAGAAAAAUACCAAGAGCUACUCGAAAGAGAGGAUUUGUUUCCAUAUUAUGAAGAAAAUGGAGCAGAUCUGUCAGGACCUGGAGAGCUGUAUUUUGAUGAGAUUGAUGAUGAGAUGGAUCCAGAAAUUGAAGAAGCAUAUGAAAAAUUCUGUCUAGAAUCAGAACAUAAGAGAAAACAAUGAGAUGUUAUGUAUUAAUGUUAGUUUACUUAACCACUUUAGGUAUGUUUAGAGUGAAGGGGGACACAAAACAUUUGUACCAAAAUGAGAAACUUGCGUUUCUCCGAGUACUAAUGUUACACAAUUUCCAUUUUGUUUAACAGAAUCUGCCAAAAAUUGUAAACUUAUGCCCUGUAACUUAAAAUGUUGUGUAUAUAUCAUAGUUUAUUUUGUGAAAAAUGUUUUUUGAACAAUGUUUUGGCUGCAAUAAAAAUUAUUUAAAAGUUA